AUGAGCUACAACAAGCCAUCCAGUCUCUUAGAACUGGCCAUUCAGAGCCUUUUAAGGGAUGAGAACUUGACCAUCUCUUCCCUGAGGAGCCUGCCUGCAGAGCUCUUGCCACGUCUCUUUCUGGACGCUUAUGCUCACAGAUGCUGGAAGACCCUGAAGGCUCUUGUCCAGAGCUGGCCCUUUGACAGACUGCCUCUGGGGCCCCUGGUUCAAGACCUAUUUCCUGAGAAUGAAACUUUGAAAGCUGUCUUGGAUGGAAUUGAUGUCCUGCUUCAGCAGAAAGUUCUUCCUAGCAGGUGUAAGCUGCGAGUGUUGGAUUUACAGUUCACUGGACAGAAGUUUUGGAGUGCAUGGACUGGAGUCCACUUCCCAGUGUUCUCACAAAGGAGGCAUCUAGAGGCUGUGGGACCUUCAAGGAACGAGAAGGCCAGGUGCUGCUUAGAGGUGUGUGUAGACCUCUUCCUCAGUGGUGAAUGUGGAAAUAAGAUGAUGAAUAACCUCAGGAGACUCUGUCUGGACAUCAACAUACUUGAUGGAAUCCCAUCCAAGCAGCUGGAGAACCAGGAUCAUCCCAUCACCGAAUUUACAUCUGAGUUCCUCCAGCUACUUCAUCUUCAAGAGCUAUACUUGGAAUCUGCCUCCUUCCUCCAGGGCUAUCUGGAUCAGCUGCUCAGGAAUCUUCAUAACCAGCUGGAAGUCUUCUCAGUCACUAACUGCACAUUAACAGAAGAAGAUGUGAAUCAUCUGUUCCAGAGCCCACACAUCUAUCAUCUGAAGGAUCUGUGUCUGAGGGGAGUCCCCCUGACUUCUGUCAGUGAGCUUCUAAGAGCUCUGCUGGAGAUAAAUGCAGCCACCCUCCAGGACCUGGGUCUGUGUGGCCUCCAGGACCCCCAGCUUGAGGCCCUGCUCCCUGCCCUGAGCAGCUGCUCCCAGCUCAGCUCCCUCAGCCUGCAUGGGAAUCACCUGUCCAUGGACACCCUGGAGAAGCUGCUGUGCUGCACCUCGGGGCUGCAGCAUUUAUCUCUCCAGCUGUUUCCUGCCCCUCUGGAGACUUUCAGCCGCCAUGGAGUUCCACAGUCUGGGACAUUUGACUUGCUUUGUACUCAGAUCUCAAAGAUUCUCCAGGAUCUUGGAUACUCCAGGUCCAUCAUGAAUGAGGGAUACAACUUCACACCAUCCCCACCACCAGAGUUCUACAACUCCGUGCCCUUCAAUGGAAAUUGCAGUGAUUCUCAUAAUGCCACAGAUUUGGGUUGA